CAUCUCCUCAUCUCGCAUUUCUCUCCCCCGAGCUCUUCUGGUGGGAACCUUUGCUGAGCUCGUGCGCGCCUCCCGCCCCUCCUCCUCUCCACUCUGGGAGAUCAUCUCCUCUUCUCCCCUCGCUCGCCCCCCUCUCCCCUCUUUCCCUCCCUCCUUCCCUACCGCGUGCCUCCUCCCCUCCCCCUCGACUCCCUCCCCUCCGGCGGCAGCAGCAGUAGCCGCCGCUUCAGCGGAGCCGGAGAUGGGCAGAGAGCGCGCGCGGCGCAGCAGCUCCGGAUCCACAGCCCUCCCCGCCGGCAGCUCCCUGCGCCCCCGCCGCCGCUGUCGCCGCCCCGGCGUCCCCAGGCUCCAGUCCCGCGCCUAGGACAGCGCCGCCACCGCCGCCCGGCCCUGCCUGCCGCCUGCGCUGCGCAGUCCUCGCGCGCGCCCGGAUGGCGCUUCCCUCCCUGGACCGGUGACACUCCAUGCCUUUUAUCACCCCAUGCUUCUGCUGAGACUGUUCUCUGCCUGAAACACUCAUGUUCUUUUUGUGGCUUAGAAUGUAAUAAUUCAAGAAUUUUAUAAUACAGUUGAGUAGCUUAACAACUGUUUAUGUGCUUCCCAUGGUAUGUUCUCCAUAUGUUUCAGUCCUUCUGAAAGUAGACUCUGAGACAACGACUUGACUACCAAUAAUUUUGAGGAACAUCUCAAUCCUAGGAAACAGAAGCAAAGAACAGGACAAGUGACAGGGGAAAGAAAAAAUUAUGACAUCAGCAUCCAAAGGAAUUCUCCGUCCAUUUUUAAUUGUCUGCAUUAUCCUGGGUUGUUUCAUGGCAUGCCUGCUCAUUUACAUCAAGCCCACCAACAGCUGGAUCUUCAGUCCAAUGGAGUCAGCCAGCUCAGUGCUGAAAAUGAAAAACUUCUUCUCCACCAAAACUGAUUAUUUUAAUGAAACUACUAUCCUGAUUUGGGUGUGGCCAUUUGGGCAGACCUUUGACCUUACAUCUUGCCAAACAAUGUUCAACAUCCAAGGAUGCCAUCUUACCACAGACCGUUCCCUAUACAACAAAUCUCAUGCGGUUCUGAUCCAUCACCGAGACAUCAGUUGGGAUCUGACUAACUUACCUCAGCAGGCUAGGCCACCCUUCCAGAAAUGGAUUUGGAUGAAUUUGGAAUCACCAACCCACACGCCCCAAAAGAGUGGCAUUGAGCACCUGUUCAACUUGACUCUGACUUACCGCCGUGACUCAGAUAUCCAAGUGCCUUAUGGCUUCUUGACGGUGAGCACAAACCCCUUCGUGUUUGAAGUGCCAAGCAAAGAGAAGUUAGUGUGCUGGGUUGUAAGUAACUGGAAUCCUGAGCAUGCGAGGGUCAAGUAUUACAAUGAGCUGAGCAAAAGCAUUGAAAUCCAUACAUACGGGCAAGCAUUUGGAGAGUAUGUGAAUGAUAAAAAUUUGAUUCCUACCAUAUCUACUUGCAAAUUUUAUCUGUCUUUUGAAAACUCAAUCCACAAAGAUUACAUCACAGAAAAGCUCUACAAUGCUUUUCUAGCCGGCUCUGUCCCUGUUGUUCUGGGGCCGUCUAGGGAAAAUUAUGAGAAUUAUAUUCCAGCAGAUUCAUUCAUUCAUGUGGAAGAUUAUAACUCUCCCAGUGAGCUCGCAAAAUAUCUGAAAGAAGUUGACAAAAACAAUAAGUUAUACCUUAGUUACUUUAACUGGAGGAAGGAUUUCACAGUAAACCUUCCACGAUUUUGGGAAUCACAUGCAUGCUUGGCUUGUGAUCAUGUGAAAAGGCAUCAAGAAUAUAAAUCUGUGGGUAAUUUAGAGAAAUGGUUUUGGAAUUAAAGUUUUCCAUCAUUUGCACACUUGGAGAAAUUAUUUUGAUGAGCUAUCAUCCAAGUUUUGAGGAUAAGAAGAGAGACAACAUUCUGCUUUUUGUCACAAUUUAUUUUUAUCACUGUCUCUUGGGUAACAUGUAUAUUUUGAUGGAGAUUUUUGAGAGCUCAGCAUUAGCAAUCACUCCCUUUGGUUUUAAAUUAUCCUGUAUAUACCUAAUUAUGUGCACUGAAAGUUAAUUUAUUCUUUGCUACCAUUUGUAAACAUUGUUUUCCACAUUUUGGUAGUUGUUUGUAAUGUAAGUUUGUGAUAUGAUUGUUGUUUCUACAUUGGUCAGCUGUUUAAUCUAUUUGGGAAAUGAAGAUGCACACUUAAAAUAUGAAAUAUUUUCACUAAAUAUCAUAAUUUCUAGUUCCAACUUCGCAUAAUGUAACAAAGGAAAAGCAUUGGUAAUUGAGUUCUAACCUCUUUGACAUUGAAGUGAACAAAGUGUAUAACUGCCUCUGUUUGAUCUAUUUUUUACCUGUUUACCACAUUUUUUGUGAAGGAAAAAUUAUUCAUGUAAUGAAUAAGAAAGAGACUGAAGCAGAACUGUUUUAUUCAGGAAACUAGUAGACUUCUCAUUUAUUUUCAUUAAGCUGUCUUGCAAAUGCAGCUACCUGUUCUCAUGAUCUUAAGUUAAAUUAUUCAAGUAUUUUUACAUAUCCAAUUUGGGGGGACUUUUAGAACCUGGGAAAUAAUCCUGACAACACUUAAGAAUAUCUAAGACCGUUCUCUUCCCAGUCCUAACACUCAUUAUUAUAAUAAAGCAAACAAUUUCCCCAAAUAACAAAGGAAAAGGAUGUGUAGAGAUAAAAAUCAUAUUUAUACAUGGUACAUUUAUGUACAAUUUUGAAUAACAUAUCAAUUUACCAUAUUUGUUCCCCUAGCCCCAAUAUUUAAAAGUUUCUAUUUGCCAUACAGACAGUCACAUAGACAAAACAUUUCAGAGGUUUGUCCUAUCAUUUA